AUGGGUUGUGGAAAAUCAAAACAUGAUGUAGCUUCAGGAAACACCACCACCCUCCAUCGCAAAAAAUCAAGUGUCACCUUCAAAGAAGAACAAGAAAGUAAGACACAGACAAGUGACGUAAACAACAAUGUUGACAAUAAUGUAAGUUCAUUUGUGGAAAUGGAAGAGAAGGAAAAUGAAGUUGGUGUUGAAAAAGGUAAUAAGAAAGAUGAAGUUAAUGAUGUUGAAGAUGAAGUUAUCAAUGUUAAAGACGAAGAGAAGACAAAUGAUGAAGAAAAGAAGGAGGAUGAUGUUGUAGAGGGAACUUCUGAUGAAGUUGAGAAAAAUGAUGAUACAUUGAUAAAGAAUAAUGAUGAGAAAAUCAAUUAUGCCGAAGAAACUGUUGCUAUAUUCAUUACCGAACUCGAGAUUCUUAUUAGACACUGCCAGAAGGCCAACAUAUAA